UUCUCUGUCAAUAAAUCAGUAAACACAAAUGGGAAAGAAGAGUGUUCCAGAAUCUGCAACAUUAUUCACUUCAUAAGACACAUCUAUAUAUUGAUCACAGACUUACACCUUAACACUCAUAAAGAAGAGAACAGACAACGAGGCGGUCACUAGAAGUAAUAAUCAUUGUCAUUCUCCAUUUACCCCUUAUACAAGAAAGUUAGCACUAACCAAAGAUGAAGCAAAUCUAUCUUCCUAUGUUGGGUCUUUUCUUUAUAACUCUGUUCCUCGGAAAGAUCAACACAACUGAAGGAUCCUUGCCAUCUGCAUUCGAAACUCCGGGAAGUCUACUAGCCGAUCUCUGGCGAGAUCGGUUUCCUGAUCCUUUCAGAGUCUUGGAGCAAAUCCCAUUAGGUCUCGAGAGGGAUCAGAGCGUGGCUCUGUCUCCCGUGCGAGUGGACUGGAAAGAAACACCAGAAGAGCAUGUCAUAAGGCUCGAUGUACCAGGAAUGAAGAAGGAUGAGGUGAAGAUAGAAGUAGUGGAGAACCGAGUUGUUCGAGUAAGCGGUGAGAGGAAAAGAGAGGAGGAGAAAGAAGGAGAUCAUUGGCAUAGAGUGGAGAGGUUACAUGGCAAGUUCUGGAGACAGUUUAGGAUGCCUGAUAAUGUGGAUUUGGACUCUAUCAAGGCCAAGGUUGAUAACGGAGUUCUCACCAUUACCAUCAACAAGCUUUCCCCAGACAAAGUUAAGGGUCCAAGGGUUGUUGACAUUGUGUUCAAAGAGGAUCAAACUGGCAAACUCAGUUCUGCUUAGUCGUGUCAACGAACUCAUGUUGAAU